AUGAUGUUCCUCCCCUUACCCGUCGACCACGCGCGCUUACACUCUCUCCGCACUCCACAGGGCAAGGUGGCAGAGCUGCGCCUCGAGCUGAACAGCGGCGGGAAAAAAGACAAGAACUUCUCCGCCAAGAAGACGGCCCUCAAAAAGAUAGUCGCAAACAUGACCAUGAGCAACAAUGACAUGGUCGCCCUGUUCACCGACAUCGUCGGCUGCAUGCACAUACCGAGCCUGGAGAUCAAGAAGAUGUGCUUCUUGUAUCUCGUCAAUUAUGCGCGCAUCAAGCCCGACAUUGCCCUCAAGGCGCUGCCCAUCAUCCAGGAGGACCUGCACGACGCCAACCCGCUGGUGCGCGCCCUCGCCUUGCGCACCAUGUCCUACAUCCACGUCCGCGAGUACGUCGAGGCCACCGUGCCGCAUCUCAAGAACCUCCUGCGCGACACGGACCCCUACGUGCGCAAGACAGCCGCCUUCUGCGUCGCGAAGCUCUACGACCACGAUAGGCACCUGGUCGAGCAGUCCGACCUGAUCGACAGGCUCAACGGCAUGCUGAGAGACGAGAAUCCAACAGUUGUCUCCAGCGCAUUGGCAGGGCUGAUGGACAUUUGGGAGAGGAGCGAGAACAUCAAGCUCACCAUUGACUACGCCAGCGCGUCCAAAAUCGUCUCCAUCCUACCCGACUGCUCGGAAUGGGGGCAGACGUACAUCCUCGAAGCCAUGAUGAACUACGUCCCGCACGACACGUCCGAAGCCGCCCUACUCGCAGAGCGCAUAGCGCCGCGUCUUUCACAUUCAAACUCCGCAGUCGUACUGACCUGCAUCCGAGUCAUCCUCUACCUAAUGAACUACAUCUCCGACCAAAGAGUCAUCACCUCGUUGUGCAACAAGCUCUCGCCACCCCUAGUCACACUCCUUUCCAAAGGGCCAGAAAUCCAAUAUCUGGCGCUGCGCAAUGCCCUCCUGAUCCUGCAACGGCGGCCGGAAGUACUGCGAAACGACAUCCGCGUCUUCUUCUGCAAGUACAACGACCCCAUCUAUGUCAAGGUCACCAAGCUCGAGCUCAUUUUCAUGCUUGCCACGGAGAAGAACAUCAAGGAGGUGUUGACGGAGCUCGCUGAAUAUGCUACUGAAAUUGACGUCGACUUCGUGCGCAAGUCGGUCCGCGCAAUUGGCAAACUCGCCAUCAAGAUCGCCCCAGCAGCCCAACUAUGCAUCAGCACCCUUCUUUCCCUCGUCAGCACUAAAGUGUCCUACAUCGUGCAGGAAGCGACUGUGGUCAUCCGCAACAUUUUCCGCAAAUACCCAAACCAGUACGAAUCCAUCAUCUCGACACUGUGCGAGAACCUCGACUCCCUCGACGAGCCAGAAGCAAAAGCAGCCAUGAUCUGGGUCAUUGGCGAGUACGCCGACCGCAUCGAAGACUCGGACGUCCUCCUCGACGACUUCCUCGACUCAUUCCAAGAAGAAACCCACGAAGUGCAGCUCGCCCUCCUCACGGCAACAGUAAAGCUCUUCAUCCAGCGCCCAACCCGCGGCUCCACCCUCGUCCCCAAAGUCCUCAAAUGGGCCACGGAAGAAACAGACAACCCCGACCUGCGCGACAGAGGCUACAUGUACUGGCGCCUGCUCUCCUCAGCCCCCGAAGAAGCAAAGAAAGUCGUCAUGGGCGAAAAACCUCCCAUCACAGCCGAAGAGUCGGAAAAACUCGACCCAGGCACCCUAGAGGAAAUGUGCCUCAACGUAGGCACCCUCGCCACCGUCUACCUCAAACCUGUCCACCAGGUCUUCCGCUCCGCUCGCCCCCGCAAACUCCAGGACUCGCCCGCCCUCCAGCGCCACGAGCUGCCUACCGUUAAGGCUGCGCAACUCGCGCGCGAUCGCGCCAAGCUAGAGACGAAUGGCAGUGCGGGGAGCGCGAAUGGGAGUGCGAAUAACCUUGCUCAGGCGGUUAAUGAUGCUGAUAUGUACUUUGCUAGUGUGGGUCGUCAGAGCACGUUUGGUGGGAGUCCGAUCGCGGAGGAUCAUCAGCCUGGGGCGGGGGGUGGGUGGGUGGUUAAUCAGAAUGCGCCGCAGCAGCUUGUUAGUCCUGUUGGUGCGGAUGGGACGCAGGAUUUGCUGAUGUAG